CGUCAAUCGCAAUCACUUAUUCCUUGUAUUGGGCUAUCUUAGAACUCGGAGUGAGCAACAUGUCCCAUCGGUCGGCACUUGCUCAGCUUCGAGCUCAACGAGCCUCUGGCAAGACUCGUCUCGAGUCGUACCAGAUCGAAGACCAGGGCGUCAUCUACGACGAGGUGGACGAAGAUGGCUACAAGAAAGUUGUACGCAGCCGACUGGACAAGGACGAUUUCGUUGUCGAUGACAACGGCGAAGGAUACGCCGAUGACGGUCGUGAGGAAUGGCAGAAUGAACGCCAGUACUACAGCAGCGACGAUGCAGAAGAUGCCCCGCUCAAAGGCAAAGCUGCCAAAAGAAAACGCGAGGAAGUACGUGAGAAAGAUGAACGUACGAACCACAAGAUCUUGAACUACUUCAACAAUGGUCCCGUCGCAGCCCCAAAGCCAAAGGUGCAAACGACGGCUGAAGACGAAGCUUUCAUGGCAGACCUUCUCGGCGAAGUCGAUGCCAACAUCCUUCCGGCUCGAGCGCCCACCAAGAAGUCCGUCAAGUCAGAGAAUCGUCGAAAAGUCAGGAUCUUGUCCCCUCCUCUCACACAAGAACGACAGCGUCCGAAGUACCAAGUUCCCGGGCCUGAGCUUGUUGAUACUCCUCCUCCACAGAAUACUCUCGAUGAGGACGACCAUCUGCCUACCUUCGACGACGACAACAUCAUGAGUGACCCUUUGCCAUCCUCUCCUGUGGUCAAGGCUGUUGAGCGCAAAGCAAAAGUGCAAAUCAAAGAGGAGGAUGAAGAUGAUGACAUGAUGGAUGUUGCUCAGGUUGUUGCACAUGAGGGCUUCCAGUCAGCGAGCAUCAACAUGACUGGCAGCAGACCCCCGCCCAAGGUCAAGCCUGCUCAGCUACCGACUCCUCACAACUCCUCUCCUCCAUUGCCUGCAGUUAGUGACGUGGACGUGUCUUCUUGGAACAAGAUCACCAGCAAGCUCAACGUUCAGAGCAGCCCAUCCUCCGAGACAUAUACCUUUGGCAAAAUGAAGCCUCAAGACGCAGUUGAGCAAGAUGGCAGCCUACGUUUCUUUUGGCUCGACUACACCGAGAUCAACGGCAAUCUGUGUCUGUUCGGGAAGGUCAAGCACAAGUCUACUGGGCAGUACCUGAGCGCUUUUGUGAAGGUUGACAAUAUCCUUCGCAAGCUGUAUUUCCUCCCCAGAAAAUACAGGCAUUCCAAUGGACGUGAAACCAGCGAGGAAGUCGAAAUGGAUGAUGUCUAUGGAGAAGUUGAUACACUGAUGUCCAAGAUGAAGGUCACCACGAGAAAAGUCAAGCCUUGCACCAGGAAAUAUGCGUUCGAGCUUGAGGAUGUCCCCAAGGAAGCGGAAUACCUCAAGCUUCUGUACCCAUACGAUAAGAAUCCUCUCCCAAUGGAUCUGCAAGGAGAAACAUUCUCGCGCGUUCUCGGUACCAACACAUCCUUGUUCGAGCAAUUUGUGCUCUGGAAGAACAUCAUGGGCCCCUGCUGGCUGAACCUCCAGGAUGCUGAUUUCAGUGCUGUCAACAAUGCCUCGUGGUGCAAGCUCGAAUGUGCUGUGAGCACGCCGAGCAACAUCACAGUCCUCAAGGAUUCCGAGAGUAUGGAAGCUCCCCGACUCACACUGAUGUCCCUAUCCUUCCGCACUCAAUUAAAUGUGAAAGAAAAUAAGCAGGAAAUCCUGAUCGCAAGCGCUCGUGUCUACGAGAAUGUUUCAUUGACCGACACUACUCCGCCAGAAAAGAUGCCUUCGAGGACCUUUACAGUCAUGCGUCCUUCAGGAUCGGCCUACCCACUGGGUUUCGAUGCUGAGACGAAGAAGCAGAACGGCACGUACAUGCUCGAGAAAAGCGAACAGUUCCUUCUCAGCAAGUUCCUCGCGUUGUUCGAGAAGGUUGAUCCUGACGUGCUUAUCGGUCAUCAACUCCAAGAGGUCGACUAUAGCAUUCUGCUCAGCCGUCUCAAAGAGAAGAAGACACCUGGUUGGCAUCGAAUUGGCCGGCUGAAGCGAAGCGAGUGGCCUAAAACUUUUGGAAAAGGCGGCUCCUCAUUCUUCGCCGAACGACAACUUCUGGCCGGACGACUCAUGUGCGACUUGGCCAACGAUAUGGGCAAGUCUUUAAUGACCAAAUGUCAGCAAUGGAGUUUGACGGAGAUGUGUGAACUCUAUCUUGGGCCUGAGAAUCCUCGACGCGACCUAGACAACGAGGAGUGGCUGAACAAAUAUGUCAAGACGGCUGAUGGAUUGCUCAACUACGUCAACCACUGCCACGCUGACACGUUCUUCAUCGCGGCACUUGCCUUGAAAUUGCAAAUGCUUCCUCUGACGAAAGUCCUGACCGAGCUUGCUGGUAAUUCAUGGGCGCGUACAUUGAGUGGUACCCGAGCGGAACGAAACGAGUACAUUCUUCUUCACGAAUUCCACCGCAACAAGUAUAUCUGUCCCGACAAAGAGUACGGCAAGGGUCGGGCCAAGCGCACUGAAGAAAACGAGGAUGACGAUGAAGGGGCUGACACCAAGAAGAAAGACAAAUACAAGGGUGGUCUCGUUUUCGAGCCUGACAAGGGUCUAUAUGACAAGUUCGUCCUUGUGAUGGACUUCAACAGCUUGUACCCCAGUAUCAUCCAGGAGUACAACAUCUGCUUCACGACUGUCGACCGAGCAACCACGUCACAAAACGAGCAUGAGGAGAAAGUGCCUGAGGUGCCCGUAGACCAACAGCAAGGAAUCCUUCCUAAGCUUAUUUCCACUCUCGUCAUGCGUCGUCGAGAAGUCAAGAAGCUGAUGAAAGAUAAGCGAGCAACUCCGGAACAGAUGGCACUUUGGGACACUAAGCAAAUGGCCUUGAAACUCACUGCCAACUCCAUGUACGGUUGUCUCGGUUAUACUCAGUCCCGCUUCUACGCACGACCACUCGCCAUGCUCACUACUUUCAAGGGUAGAGAGAUUCUGAGGAGCACAAAGGAACUCGCAGAGAGCAACCAACUUCAGGUCAUUUAUGGUGACACUGACUCGGUCAUGAUCAACACCAAUGCGGACAACAUUGCACAAGCUUUGAGUGUUGGUCACGAAUUUAAGAAGUCUGUCAACGAGCGGUACAGGUUGCUGGAAAUCGACAUCGAUAACGUAUUCCGCCGCCUCUUGCUACACGCCAAGAAGAAGUAUGCAGCUAUCAACAUGGCAGAAGUCGAUGGAAAGUACAUCGAGAAGCUCGAAGUCAAAGGUCUUGACAUGAAGAGGCGAGAGUAUUGUACUCUUUCGAAGGAUGCGUCUCAAAAGCUUUUGAACGAGAUCCUCUCAGGAGAUGACUCUGAGGUGGUUCUGGAGAAGAUCCAUGAAUACCUUCGGGAGCUGGCGAACAAGAUGAGGGAAAAUACUAUCCCGGUGCAGAAAUAUGUCAUUUAUACGAAACUGGGCAAAAAUCCAACCGAAUAUCCAAACGCAGAUUCGAUGCCCCAGGUCCAAGUGGCACUCCGUGAGAUUGCUCGUGGCAAGAAUGUUCGCGUCAACGAUGUCAUGUCCUACAUUGUCACGAUGGGUGAUGAGUCGACUAAAGGCCUGCCUGCUCCGAAGCGAUCAUACACUCCGCAAGACGUGCUGAAGGCAGACUCUGGACUCGUACCCGAUGUGGAGUAUUAUCUGUACAAACAGAUCUUCCCACCUAUCGAGCGUCUUUGUGCACCGAUCCCCGGCACGGAUUCUGUCAGGUUGGCAGAAUGUCUUGGGCUGGACGUCCGGAAGUAUCAAAUCAACACCACGAACGGGAACAGCCAGCAAAACACUGAGAUUUUCCCGCUUGAAUCACAGAUCCCGGACAGUGUCCGUUUCCGAGAUGCGGCCAGGCUUGGGCUUCGAUGCCGACAGUGUGAGCACACCACAAUCUUCGAAGGACUUUGCGAGUCCACGGCUCUGUGCACGCCAGAAGGCAUUUUAUGCGGCAAUGCCGACUGCCAGAAACCGUUUACCAGAAUGGCCAUCGUCACUCAGCUGGAGGCGCAGAUUCGAGUGCAGACCUGCGCUUACUAUGAAGGCUGGCUUGUCUGCGACGAUCCAUCCUGUGGCAAUCGGACACGACAAAUGUCCGUGUAUGGCCACAGAUGUCUGGGUCCACAAGGCCGGGCUGAAGGAUGCUUGGGACGGAUGUCGUACGAGUAUUCGGAGAAGAAGUUGUACAAUCAGCUUCUGUACUUCGCGGCCUUGUUUGAUACCGAGAAGGCAAAGAAUAAGGCGAAGUCGGAGAAGGAGUACGCCGAAAGAAGGGAUCGAAUAGUAGUCCUGGCGGAGACGAACAAGGGCAGGUUCGAGGGUGUCAAGGCCGUCGUUGAUGGCUAUUUGAGGAAAUGUGGACGGCAAUGGGUCGAGAUGGAUACGUUGUUUGGAUUUGCCUUGAAAUGAUUGUGUCGCUCGUUGGGUAUUGAUUGAUGGCGCUCAGCGGCAUGAGGUAGAUGGGACUGGUUCAAUAGCUUGACGCACUCUGCAUGAACCAGUACCGAUCUUAGACCUAACGAUGAUGUACUUGCUGUUGUUGCUACUAUAUUCGGACGUCACCAGAGCUGCUUCAGUGGACAAGCUUCAUUGCACGCCUCUGGGCGGGAAUCAGGCAGGUUGGAAGAGAGAGAAAAGAUCCAUGGUCUCGACUCUUCUGCUAUAUGCAAAUUGCCC